UGCGUCUCUCCUGAUACGCGCGCGCUGGUUAGUUUGGAGCGCACGCGCCUCUAACAGAAUUUGAAAUAACGGUUCUGGAUUGUUCCUCUCUGUGUGGAUAAUUAUAAUAAAAUCACUUUUAUACUCCUGAGGAUUAAAAUCAAUGACACCUCUGGCAAGGCGAGGACAACUCUACGUCUUAUUUCAACCAGAUUGAAGAAUUUGAGAUUGACAGAGAAUGGAGGUGUUACACACUGCAAUCUGAGGACUGGACUGGACUGAAUGAAGAAAGUUUCUGAACCACAGGAAAAACACUGACUGUUAAAACCUGCACAGGGCCAAACGUCUGAUCAUCGACUGAUGGAUACAGGAUCACAUGCAUGGUGCCGUGGAAGUGACAGUUUCUCUCAGAUGAGGCUCUGACACCACAACACACCCCAGGCUAAAUGGAGGACAGGGAUCGCAGCCGCUCUCCAUCACGCAGGACCAGCAGGGUGGAGCAGGUGGUGGGACGAUGGCUACGUCGUUCCAGAGAAUCCACCAGCAGAGAGCGUGUGCUGGACGAUGAUGGACAGGCAGCCGAUGGCAGUCCUCAGGAACAGAGAAGCUGCUCAAUCAGAGUGACGGUUCAGAUUUCACUCAACCCUGACCUCAAGUCCCAUGGUUUCACCAUCACCACUCACGCACCGCUGCAGGUGCAGGAGGUUGUCGCAGGGGGCCCGGCAGAUGGCAAACUUUUACCUGGUGACCAGCUUGUCAAAAUCAACAACGUCGCCAUUGAAGACCUGUCCACAAAGCAAGCGGUGGACGUCAUCAAGGAAUGUCAGGACUCCAUAACAGUGACAGUCCUCAGAAUAACAGUGGGGCCGAAGUCAUCCUUCAUAACCCCAGAGAAGAGGGCUAAGCUAAAAUCCAACCCGUUUAAGGUGCGCUUCGCUGAGGAAGUGGUGGUAAACGGCCACUCGCAGGGUAACUCUCUGCUCUUCCUGCCAAACGUCUUGAAAGUCUACUUAGAGAACGGCCAGACCAAAGCCUUUAAAUUUGAACCUAAAACAACUGUUAAGGACAUUGUAAUGACUCUGAAAGAGAAGCUGGCCAUAACGCGCAUCGAGCAUUUCACUCUGGUGCUUGAGAAACAGUACAGCAUUGCUAAACUGUUCCUGCUGCACGAGGAUGAGCUGAUUCAAGAGGUGGUCCAGAAGAAGGAGUCCCACGACUACCGGUGUUUGUUCCGCGUCUGCUUCAUGCCCAGACAUCUAGAAGACAUGCUGGGGGAAGAUCCUGUAGCCUUCGAGUACCUCUACCUACAGAGUGUGAGUGAUGUCCUGCAGGAGAGGUUUGCUGUGGAGAUGAAGUGUAACGCGGCUCUCAGACUUGCAGCCCUGCACAUACAGGAGAGACUCGCCAGCACUGGCCAGCCCCCCAAAACCUCCGUAAAGGCCGUCUUAAAGGAGUGGGGUAUCGAGUCUUUUGUCUCCAACACUUUACUGAGGAACAUGAGAGAGAAGGACCUGAGGAAGGCCAUCAGUCACCACAUGAAGAGAAUUCUUCUACAGGAGCCCAGGCAGAAGGUGUACAAGAUAUCAGCAAACCAGGCCAGGAUAAACUACCUGAACGAGAUGGCUGAACUCAAGUCUUUUGGAGGAAAAUCUUUUAGCGCCACCUUGAUGUUGCAGGACAGGGAGUCCAUGGUGAGCUUGUUGGUGGGGGCGAAGUAUGGGGUGAGUCACGUGAUCAAUCACAAGAUGAGCAUCAUGUCCACGCUAACUGAGUUCAGCAGCAUCACCAGGGUGGAGCUCUUACCGGAGUCAGAGCGGGUUAGCCUGGUUAAGAUCUACCUGCAGGAUAUAAAGCCCAUAACUCUGCUGCUAGAGUGUGCAGCUGCUAAGGACAUGUCAUGUCUGGUGGCUGGUUACUGCAAGUUAUUUGUAGAUCCUCAGAUCUCUGUGUUUCACUGGACGUUUGAAUCAAAAAGCCACCGAGUAUCAGCAGAGGAAGGUUACGUAUCACGAUGCACCAGUGACUCUGAAGACUCAGAAGCAGAAGUGAGUCUGCUUGGACAUUUGACCGGUGCUAACCAGGACGAUACAAAGCUCAGCUUAGCCAAUGGGCAAGUAAUCGAGCAGGAUGAAGAAAGACCUGAGGCAGAAAAUGAAGAGGAGGAUGUGGAAGACAAGAGCGAGAAAGAAGAUGUACGGGAGCACGGCAUUGUAGUGACAGUGAACGUAGGACUAGAUCAUCAGGAUGAAACGAUGCAUGUAAAUAACGGAGAAAUAUUAAAAGAUGAUGCAGAGAAUGACAAAGAGGAGAAGGACCUGGAACAGAAGGAAAACCUGUUAGAGCCGCCGUGUCUCAUUGUGGACGACGCUGCAUCAGAAACAUCAGACUCGUGUCAAACAGACUCGCGGUUCCUAACCAGCAUGUCCAGUGACUCUAUGGACGCCUUGGAGGAGGACGACUUUUUGACCUAUUUCUCCACCAGCCGUCCCAGCCGCCUAGAUACGAGAGACCAUUAUCUCCACGUCGAUUACCGCCCACCAUGCCCUCAAGAUGCGGAUAUUAAUGACGAUCUUGGUUUUCCAGGCGACCAGUUCUUAUGUUUAGCCGCUCUGUCCAGCAUCGCAGACUGCUUGCCUAGUCCAACCGAGGCCAGUGACGACGAAGAUUAUAAAGAUCUCAUAGAAGAGGAGGAAGAGGAAAGUGAGGAGAAAUUAGAGGCCUCGGAUGAGACAUCGGAAAGCACACAACCCUUUAAGGGAGGGUGUGUUUUUACAUUCGAGCAGGGUGACACAAGACGCUACUACAACAUCUGCUCCAAUGUAACCCCUGAUAGCGCUCGCCUCCAUGCCAGACCGGCUUCUCCUCACAUCGUUCGAACGGAAAGCAAAAAGAAGGCGAGGAAAAGGACAGAGUCCGCACCUCUCCUUGUACCACCUCCUGGUUUUGGAGACAGCAGCUCAGAUGACGAGUUCUUCGAUGCCCAGGAAAAAUUAACAUGUCCUGAGAAAUCAGCGGGAAUCACUAAAGAAAGCUCCAAUCAAUCAAGGAGCAUGAAGCAAUCCCUGAGCCUGAGCAGCAUCGGUACAGGUGCUGGUGAACACGUGAAGACAGAGGAAAGAAAUGAAGAAAAGAAGGAAGAACUUCUGCUGGAGAUGAAAAGUGAACUCUCCAGGUUCAACAAGAGAAACAGAAAACGCCGCUCCUACAUGGAAACGACUUACACGUCCCUGGUAUCGUUUCCUGAAAAAGAUCAAACAAAGUGUCACCAAAUACAGAAUGAACAUUUGGGUCAGAACAAUCCUGGUCAAGAGCUUAUUUCUCACUUUGAUGGUGGACCCACAGAUAAAAGCUCUUGUCUCACAGUGUCUUCCCUAACCAAUGCUGAGGGAGAGCCAGCACAGCUGGAGUCCAAACCCAUCACCCCAUCCAAAAGGAGUGGUCCUGGAACUCACCAUCUCCUGCAUAGCAAUGCAAUCGUCCAGGCAAGUCAACGGAAGCAGCAGGUUAUAUUAAUGGAACCAGAUUCUAUGGAGUUCAAAUCUGUCACCGAACUCAUGUCUGCUGCCUCGCCUAAUAUUGUAGCGGUACGCACCUCUACAAACCCCAAAGUGAAAGAAACCAACACAAGUCGCAAGGGAGUCAAUGCAGAGGGUGCAGUUGAAGGUUUAGAUGAAAGCCUCACUUCUGGUCAUUUGUUUUUUGCUAGAUCUAGCAGUAAGGAUGGUGACAAUUGUUUAACCGUGAAUUUGAACCAAGCUUCCCUUCCGCAACAGGACCAAACAACUGCAUCUAGCUUGCCAGCGAACACAAAAAAUCAAGGCAUAAACAGACUUAGUGCUGAAAACAGUCAGAAAACUCAAGAAUGCUUCACUCAAGAACAGCCAACAGAGAGAAUGAGAAGCCAAAGUGUGUCUGCAGUAUCCGGGACAAGUGAUCCAGUUUGUUCAUCAAGGGCCUCCUUCCAUGAGACGCAACCUCAAGUCAACACAACUGACAAUUCUAGAGAUCAAACCUUCGAAGAACUGACCUCAGUUGCCUCACCAGUGGAGCCUACCCAAGGAUACCUACUUGCUCCAUGUUCAUCUGGCAUCCUUGGCCGACUUUCUGCUGCAACACUGCAUGGAAAGAUCCAGAGCUUACCCUUGUAUCUUUCUCGCUCCUAUGAAACGCUAGCUUCUAAUGCUGGCAAUGAUGAAAAUGCUAAACUGAGGACCUUUUCUGAGACACAAUCGAGCAAAGAUGAGGUAGAGGUCUCCGAAGAAGCAACCGAGUAUAUGACCAAAACUCAGGGAGCAGAAGUACAGAUGGUUACCACAGUAUCAGAAGAGGUCGGAGAAGUAAUUCAAGAAAAAGCUUUGAUGGAAGGAGAGCAGAAGUCAAAAGCUGAAUCUCAAAAUAUCCCUGAGUGCCCAGUCAAGUCCAGCCCCCAGUCGGUUGUGGUUACUACACAAAACCUGAAUGGAACGUGGGGUGUGGUGACCUCACAAGAGAUGAGCGGGUUACGAGGAGGAAGUGCCCACGUACCAGAUCAUGUGACCCCUGGCUGUGGCAUUUUAACAAAUUGCAAAUCUAAGCCCACCAACACCCAGCCGCAGGUCACGCCCGGCCCAUUUCCAGACGGAAAGUCUGACCUUAGCUGUAGCUCGGUACUUUCCACAGUGUGUGAAACUGUUAUAGAGGGAGCUCAAACACCAAUGGAGGUUUGUGGGUGCCAGUCCGUGUACACUAACUGCUUCAGCGGUGUCCUGGACAGCACCAACUUUGAUGAUGAACUGACCGUCUACGAGUUUUCCUGCAGGACGCAACAGAACGCAUGUGAUCGGGUAGCAGUGACGACGUCCAUCCCUCCUUCAUCACUUUCAGGUUCCUCCUCUUCUUUUUCGCCCUCCUCACCCCUCCCUUCCUUCCCCCGGGUGGUCUUACCACCAUCUUUGGCCUCAGAACUUGGUCCUCUUUUGUCACCCCUGGACACCCCUGACUGCUUUCUCUCUGACCCUUAUGUAGAUGCCAUCAACACCCUACUUGCCCGGCAUUACCCCUUACCACCCACAGGCUUCAUGGCUCUGCAGAGAGACAUCGAGUCAUUACUGGCAGUUCAGGAUAAUGCCAUGAAGGAUCAGCAUAACGUCCAGGGUCACCCCAGAGACACAUGUGCAGAGCACUUUUCUGAAAACAAGCGGAGGCUGCACGUGGAAGCGCGAGGGCUCCUUGCUAGCUGUCAGUGGGUGGUAAAGGCUGGACAGACCCCAGCAGAGACGUUGCAAGCGCUGGCCAAAAGUUUUCACUGGCUGGUGCAGCUGACGGCCGUGUGCCUGAGUUUCUCUAGCUGUCAGAGGUGCCAGGAGCGCCACACCGAAUCCCUUUCCGGGCUUGCAGACGUGACGCAGACCUACCAGGAGUUUGCCCGAGCAGCCGAGCGCUUAGGCAUGGCUAAAGAAAGGAGGACUUGCCAUGAACUAAGUAUUAAACUCCUGGCACGCCAGUGCACCGCGCUUACGUCCUCAGUCUUCUGCCUCACACAGCUCUUCCGCACCCUUACUGCUCUCUGACCUUUGGAGUUGGGCAAAUGUUCUGCCAAAUAUGAACCUGGGGACUGUAUAAAUAAUGCAAUUUACAUAUCAGUAUAUAAAAACAUAAAUCUACCAACCUAACUACACCGAUCAGCCAU